AGCAUGCGUACUAUUAAUGUACUCUAAACAAGAUGGCGGCUCGUGCGGUUGCAUGUCGUCUUCGUGUAUUUUCUAGUCAAUUUUCUUUCGCUAGAAUGAUGUGCAGUGGAGAAAUGGGUAGCGGUUCUGGCAAGGGAGGAGGUGGUGGUGGGACUAUAAGGGAAGCUGGUGGAGCAUUUGGUAAAAUGGAGCAGGCUCACGAAGAGCAGUACUUCAGACAACUGAGAGAACAGCAACUCAAAGCUUUACGUGAGCAGCAUAAACAUAUGGUAGAGAUGCUAGAGAAGGACAUCAGCCACCACGAAUCCCAAAUCAAGCAUAACAAAGAACAAAUUGAUAAAUACAAGAAAAUGAUAGACAAGGAGCAAAGCAAGAAGGAUGGCAGUGAUUCUGAUUAAUGUGUAGAAACUGUUAACUUAAUGCCGUGGCCUUUUUGUGAUAGUAAAGCAAUUGUUGUUACAAUGUCACUUAAUAUGCAUUCAUAUUAAUAUUCUUGUGUGUGGCAUUGUGAUCUUGCUGAUUUUUUGAUCAGAAAUAAAGGCAAAAUCUUCUUA